ACUGUGGAAUGUUGUCCCAAAACGAAAGCGAAGGUGAACGUGCCGAAUACAACCCCAAUGGUUCGUUGGACUAUCAUUUUUUAAGUGAAGUUGCUUUAUCCCUUCAAAAUGCCCCUCCAAAAUCAAUAAAAUCCCGAAGUGUUGUACCUCCCCAUACACCCAAUUCCGAAUACGAGUUUGACACAACCAUCACCACCCUACCGUCUUUUCCCAAGCUCGACAAACUGGAUAUACCUUACGUUCGCGAAAAGGGUAUUAAAUACUGCAUCGAGUAUUUUGGGAACUUUUUCAAGUGCAAGGACUACGAGACCAAUUUGGUUCAGUUUUGGUUCUUGGACGUCAUCACCGACUGUGUCUGGUUCUUGCAAGAUGAUUGUCGGUUACCGCACCAAACGCAGAAAAUUGUCCUUGAGUGGUUCUUGUAUUUUAUGGACCUGUUGAGAAAUUCUAGGAAGAAUUUAACGCAUAGGAAGUUUUUUGGAAUUUUCAAAGAAGCGAUCUUAGUAGCAGCAGAAAUUGUGGAAGAGGGAUGCGAGUCAAUACCGCCACCUGGCGAAGUAUUUGAGCUACUUCCAGAUAGCGAUCAAUUACAUUCCAGUGCAUCAGAUAUGUGCUCCACAAGCUCGUUUGACAAGGAUAUGAGCACGAGAAAUGUAAGCUACAUUGAAAUUGCCAAACCUAAUGGAACUUGCAGAUAUGAAUUGCCUAAAGAAAUGUGCACGUGCGCGGAUUAUGACUUGUCGUCCAUCAAGUCACUUACUGAAACAGACUCACAGUCUCAAAUAAGCGAGGCUGAGGAAGACGACGAGCAGAUCAGCACACCACUUUAUACCGUUGAUUCCGAUCUGCCUGCUAGAUUUUUACCUCUUUUCACUGAAGUAGAUGGUGAGGUGUCUGAGCAAUCAAACAAAAGCACGGAACCGUCGAGCCAGUUAACCAACGCCGCUGAAGAUAAGUUUGAAAUUUACCAAGUUGCAGAUAAGUACGAAAUUGUUUCGGGUACUGAUACACCUAGCGGGGUUUCAUCUCAGACAGUUCCAACAAGGAUCGACUCCAUCAGUCGCGAGAAAAGUGAAGAAAAGGUGAAGCAGUUAACUGAUGAAGAAAUUCUGAAAGGAUUAAUGGUACAGAAAAUGUGGGAGCAGAGAUUGUUGGACAUGGACGACCCUAAAAAAGGAUGGGUGCAGUAUGAUGUCAACGAAAGUAACGUCACGGAAAUAGCGGCGAAUGAAAGCAGUUCGUCUAAUACUGGAAGCGAUGAUGAGUGGAUUGACAUAACUUUGAAGAACAGGAAAGCUGAAAUAGAACAGUUUGAGAAUCGCGCCACUUUAAAUUUUGGCAUACUGUGGGCGAUUAUCGAACUUGUGUUUAAAUAUUUCUACGAAGGUUUUCAGUUUUCGUUGGUGAAACUAGCACUUCAGGCCACACCGGAGGUAAUAACUCAAGCGGCGAACACCGAAUGGCAAAUUCCCAAAAGGAAUAGAGUACCGUUUGUAAAGCCCAAAAUCGAAAAGCCCAAGCCCGUAAAGGUAAAACAAGAGAAAGUCAAACGGGAGAAGCCACAGAAGCCAAAGAAGGCGGCCAAGGAAAAAAAGCCGCCACAAAAGAAGGCGCCGGCGAUGUCGACCGAAGAGAAGAAGAGGCUCGAAAAGGAAAGAUUGGAAUUGUUAAAGUUAGAAGAGGCGAAGAGAAUAGCCGAAGAGAACAAGAGGUACAUGUAUCCAUUAGCAGAUGGCGUAACUGAUGAAUUUUUUAUGGGAAUUUUCGAGAAUUGGGAAAGACCGAAACGCAAGAAAUAG